AUGAAAAAUCUGGUUCGAUGGCUGUUCUCCACAAACCACAAGGAUAUAGGGACUCUCUAUUUCAUUUUCGGUGCCAUUGCUGGAGUGAUGGGCACAUGCUUCUCAGUACUUAUUCGUAUGGAAUUAGCACGACCCGGCGAUCAAAUUCUUGGUGGGAAUCAUCAACUUUAUAAUGUUUUAAUAACAGCUCAUGCUUUUUUAAUGAUCUUUUUUAUGGUUAUGCCGGCGAUGAUAGGUGGAUUUGGUAAUUGGUUUGUUCCGAUUCUGAUAGGUGCACCUGACAUGGCAUUUCCACGAUUAAAUAAUAUUUCAUUCUGGUUGUUGCCACCAAGUCCCUUGCUCCUAUUAAGCUCAGCCUUAGUAGAAGUAGGUAGCGGCACUGGGUGGACGGUCUAUCCGCCCUUAAGUGGUAUUACCAGUCAUUCUGGAGGAGCAGUUGAUUUAGCAAUUUUUAGUCUUCAUCUAUCUGGUGUUUCAUCCAUUUUAGGUUCUAUCAAUUUUAUAACAACUAUCUUCAACAUGCGUGGACCUGGAAUGACUAUGCAUAGAUUACCCCUAUUUGUGUGGUCCGUUCUAGUGACAGCAUUCCUACUUUUAUUAUCACUCCCGGUACUGGCAGGGGCAAUUACCAUGUUAUUAACCGAUCGAAACUUUAAUACAACCUUUUUUGAUCCCGCUGGAGGGGGAGACCCAAUUUUAUACCAGCAUCUCUUUUGGUUCUUCGGUCAUCCAGAGGUGUAUAUUCUCAUUCUGCCUGGAUUCGGUAUCAUAAGUCAUAUCGUUUCUACUUUUUCGGGAAAACCGGUCUUCGGGUAUCUAGGCAUGGUUUAUGCCAUGAUCAGUAUUGGUGUCUUAGGAUUUCUUGUUUGGGCUCAUCAUAUGUUUACUGUGGGCUUAGACGUAGAUACCCGUGCCUACUUCACCGCAGCUACCAUGAUCAUAGCUGUCCCCACUGGAAUCAAAAUCUUUAGUUGGAUCGCUACCAUGUGGGGGGGUUCGAUACAAUACAAAACACCCAUGUUAUUUGCUGUAGGAUUUAUCUUUUUGUUCACCAUAGGAGGACUCACUGGAAUAGUCCUGGCAAAUUCAGGGCUAGACAUUGCUCUACAUGAUACUUAUUAUGUGGUUGCACAUUUCCAUUAUGUACUUUCUAUGGGAGCCGUUUUUGCUUUAUUUGCAGGAUUUUACUAUUGGGUGGGUAAAAUCUUUGGUCGGACAUACCCUGAAACUUUAGGUCAAAUCCAUUUUUGGAUCACUUUUUUCGGGGUUAAUUUGACCUUCUUUCCUAUGCAUUUCUUAGGGCUUUCAGGUAUGCCACGUCGUAUUCCAGAUUAUCCAGAUGCUUACGCUGGAUGGAAUGCCCUUUCCAGUUUUGGCUCUUAUAUAUCCGUAGUUGGGAUUUGUUGUUUCUUCGUGGUCGUAACAAUCACUUUAAGCAGUGGAAAUAACAAAAGAUGUGCUCCUAGUCCUUGGGCUCUUGAACUUAAUUCAACUACACUGGAAUGGAUGGUACAAAGUCCUCCUGCUUUUCAUACUUUUGGAGAACUUCCAGCUAUCAAGGAGACGAAAAGCUAUGUGAAGUAA